AGAGGAAGAAAAAUCACACCAGCACUGAAACCCAAUCUACCCCCAUCCAAAACAGCGACUCGAUCAGCCGUCGCCGCUCACCCACUCCGACAUGGGCCUCAACCCCUCCAAGCGCGUGGACGCCGCGCUCCGGGGCGCGCCGGCGUUCGCCGCCGCUUGCGACGACGCCUUCGGCCGCUGCCUCGCCGACGCCCAGUACGCCUUCGCCGGCGUCCGCCCCUACCAGCUCGCCGACGCGUCCGCGCACCUCCACUCGUCGCUCCGGGGCUCCCUCCCGCUCGUCCGCCGCUGGGUGCCCUCGCCGCCGCCGCGCGCCCGCGUCGACUCCGCGCUGCGCGCCGCGGGGCUCGAGGACGCGGCGGUGCUCUCGAGGGGCCAGUUCAGGGAGUUCGCCGCCGAGCUGUUCAGGGAGGCCGUGCUCGCCGGCGCGGCCCAGGCGGCUCUCGUCCGCGCCCCGGCAGGCGCCGCCGGGCUCGUCGGUGUUGGCCUCGCGACCCGCGCCGGGGCCGGGGUGGUAGGGAGGUUGGUCGCCAUCUACACCGCCGGCGUUGCGGCUGCUGUUUACCUCAGCUUGGGCUAGGUUUAUCCCACAGCCUGUAAAACUACCAUUUGUACCAUGUGAUUUUACCUGGAAUGUCAGUUCCUUCGUAGUAGCAAAUAUCCCUAUCAGAAAAUUUUAAUACGGUUGAAUUGGUUGUUCUUGAUCCUGAUGCUUUCAUCGAUGGAAAACCUCAUCAAAACGGACUGUAAUCGGUGACGGAUGAAAUUGAAUCAGCAAUAUGCCACUGCAGAAUUGAUGCUGUCACGUAACAUCCUGCAUAGGCAUUUCCCCAGUGAA